AUGUUUCGUGAUGUACCUGCCCCUAGCACGAUUCUGGAAGGUUAUUGCAAGCUUACUCCUUUUGGGUUUCGUCCUCUUAAUCCAGAAAUACAAGCAACAAUUGAUGCAGCUGAUAAACCCAAGAAAGAAGGAAAGGGUGCUAAGAAAGGGGAAAAGAAAACUAUUGUCAAGGAAGCAACCAGCGAAGAUGAGUUUGAUACUCAGUCAGAUAUUCGCAUAGAGAAGAAUCCUCCAGUUCGCAACGAGGACGUUCACAAUGAAUUCAUUCGCAACGAGGAAGUUCACAACAAGGAUGUUUGUAAUAAUGAUGAUAACAUUCGCAACGAAGAACAGACAUCCAAUCCUAAGGUAACUCAACAUCUUAACAAUUUUGUUCCUUCACAUCCUCCCUCACCUAAAACCACUACAACCCCAAUCACCAUUGCACCAUGCCCUCCACCAUUUUCUUCACAACAACAAACCAAUAUUCCUCUUUCUUCUCCUUUAUUCACAGAUUCUACUGUCCCACCAACCACCUCCAUUGAACCUCCUGUUUCGGUCAACAGGAGGAAAUUGGCGGAUUCACUUAUAGUCCUUUCCACGAAAGUGAAACUUCAGUCCCUGCAUGAAAAGAUUGACCAACUGAUUCUCUCCUUCAAAGCUUUAUCUUAUGAUGCAUACACUAAAGCCACAAUUGAGUGUUUUAUUGAACGAAUCUCGAAGGAGCAUUAUGCUAAUGCUGAAAAGAUGAAUAAAGCAGUUGCCGACUCUACUGAAGUUUGUAAGACAACGACCGGAAAAGUCGUUAAACUAAUUUCUGACACUUUUUUCUUCAUGGAGAACUUCCAAACCACCUUCAACUCCAACACUACUAUAGCCAAUGAAGCUUUAAAGAGUUUGGGUUCUCUCUUCAAAUUUGAGAAGGUUAAGUUGCAAGAGAUUCGUACUGGUUUUAAAACUAAACAUGAAGCUUUUCAAACCUCCAUUUCCUCUCAAAUUUCCAACCUCUAA